GAUAAAAUUGACGCCUCCCCCGGCCCCCAAACCCUGAUUGUGCCCUCCCGUCGCCGCCGGACAGAUGCCGAAGCUACCGUCGUCCUCGACGCAAGCCAAACCGAUCUCCCACCGGCGGGCGAAGAAACCUCCGGCUCCGGACUGCCCAACACUCUCCGGCUCCUCUCGGCCGGAUCUCGACAAGAGCCUCCCAACUCCGUGCACCCUCUCGGUUCCUCCAGGACACGGACGAUCACUACUCCAUGAUCCAGACACGUACCAUGAGACGGAAGCUUCCAGAGAGCAAGGAUGGUCCGAACUCCUCACCCCAGAUCCCCAUCUGGGGAGCGAAGCGGGCACGCGGUUCCUCCGCCGGAAUCCAACCCGAUUCCUCCUCGGCUUUUACGAGGGACUGGACCGAUCUCGGGGACGAGCCCGCGGGGCUGAUCGCGGAGCGGCUGCUCGCCGACGACGUCGCCGACUACAUCUGCUUCCGCGCAGUCUGCCGUCCAUGGCGGCUCUGCUGCACGGACCCGCGCGCGCACGGCAUCUUGGACCGCCGCUUCCACCCGCGCCAGUGGAUCAUGCUCAGGGAAACGGGAGACUCGCCGCGCCGCCGGUGCUUGAACGUCCACACCGGCUGCUCAAGGUGGGCGUACCUGCCGGAGCUCGACGGCCACGACGUGUUCGGCCCCACCACGGAGGGCCUCCUCGUCCUCCUCGACAGGGCCACCUGUGUGGUUGGCCUGUUGAACCCGGUCACCCGCCAGACGGCCGAUCUCCCGCCGGCCACCACUGUCAUGACCGAGACGGAACGUCUGGCGGGAGCCUCUGUCAGAAGUGAUUGGUUGCAGGUGUCGGGCGCUGGGCUAGCCGACGACUGCACCAUCGCCGUCCAUUUUAGAAUAGAAUGUUAAGGACGCUUGCUGUCAUCAAGCCAGGCGAUCCGCACUGGACCGUGGUCGACCGUGGCAACUUGCUCUUGCCGGCCAUGUCUUUCGCCGGCCGCUUCUACUGCGCCACCUUUGAGGCCGUGAUGGUGGUCGAGACUGGUGGAGAUCAGCCGCCACGGCUGGUCAUCGCUGCCAACCUGAAGAGCAGGCUGCAUUCCAGCAUGAUAACGGACACUCUCCAUCUGGUGGACAAUGGCGGGGAACUGAUACUUGUGGACCGGCAAUAUACCCACAGGAGAACAUACAGGGUGUACCGAGUGGACAUGGAUUCGAGGAAGAUGGUGCCCAUCCGUGG